AUGUCGAAUCGAGCAUGGCAAUUGGCGGCGACGACCGCCGCGCUAGCGGCGGUGCCGCUUGCGUACUGGCAAUACCAGCGAUACAGUGACCUGAACGAGCGACGCGAGUCAGUUAAGCUUCUGCGGAAGGUAGAGCUUGUUGCAAUGGAAGUAUCAGUGCGGCUGAUGCACCUGGAGAACCAAGUGAAGGAGUUGGUGGAGUACGACGCCAAGAAAGAGGCCGGCGAUAUUGAAGAGGAGGACCCUGCUGCCGAUUCCACACUGAACUCCUACUAUCACUUUGACUCGCAAGGAAACAAGCUCAAGACGAAGUGGGACUCAUACGACGUGGAUGCUGAGCUCGAUCGCCUUGAAAAGGAAGAGCGAGGAGUCGAAGCCCUCGCUUCCUCGCAAGGUAUUGAACACGAAUUUGAGGCUGUGCUGUCCUUUUUGGACGACAUCCGCGGAGACGACGAGGUCAAGCAGCUACGCAAGGCUAUUGCGAACAAGGUCACGAAGGAAUACUUUGCCCGCAUCGAUGCGAUUCAGACGAUGCUCGCCUGA